CGCUAACUCUCUCCCCCUUUUAGGCUGGUGGCCGUCUUCACGCCUGCGCACAACAUCGUUAGCUGGGCGGAGCGCUCCCCCCCCACUCCAGUCAAACAACUGGCGCCUGCGUGAAGUGUAAUCCCGCCCACCUCGCCUUCCCUAGCCCGCCUUCAAGGGGAUCCUAGCCAUUCACUUGGAGACAAAGAAUGCCAAUGGAUGCGUCUUAAGGAGCCAGGGGCAGAGAGAAACUGACAACUGUGACAACCAAUGGAUAUUCCGGGAAGGUCCCACGGCUGCCAGCGGGAGUAGUGGCGUUGGGGACAGGCAGUGACAGUCAGUGGCAGGUGGCGGGAGGGAAGAGCGGAUGACGGGUGACAGUCGGGGACAGCUCAGGAGAUCGCCUCAGCACCUCCUUCUCCCCUUCUCACCGCAUCCCUGCCUCUGUCUGCGCCCUUAUGUCCCCUCGCAAUGCUCUGCACACAGUGGGAGCUUCAAACACGUUCUAUGAAUGGAAUGAAUGAAUCUCUGGCCCCGGAACAUUUCCCCUCCAAGAAUCCAGGUGGCUCUGUCCUUAGCGUGUUGAUUGAUUGAUUCCAGUGCUUAGCACAGUUCCUGGCAUAUAGUAGGCGCUUAAUAAAUGGUCACUGUCUUGAUUUGAUCUGCUGCAACACCUCCCCGCAAGCCCUUAGCCCUAAAUCACUCUCUCUGGGAUCCCAUUCUCCACCUAGAUUCCACUUUUCCAAGGCUCCCGACUCUCCAGUCCCCUCAGCAUCCCACUAUCUCUAGGACCCCACUCCCCACCCAACUUUUCUGAAUCUCCUAAACUUUCUUUUUUGAAGUAACAGAACUCAGACAUCAGAGGUCCCAACCGUCAAGCCCUUGUUCUCUCUGAGAUCGUAUUCCCCACUCAAACCCCAGGCAUCCAAUUCUUCCAGAGUCCCUCAAUCCCUUGAUCUUUCUCUGGAGGAUAUAAUUUUUUUUAAUCCAGCGCCCAGUACAUCCAGUCCCCCAGAUUUCAAGUCUGCCUCGGGUUCCUUCAUAACACUCUGGGACCCAAUUCCACACCUAGAACUCAAGUAUUCAACCACCCACAAGCUCCAGAGUUCCCUGAAUUGGCCUGAUAUUUUCUUUUAUGCGUCCCACCAGAGCCGUCACCCAGCCCCAUAGAGAGAAGAUAUGGCACCCAAGAAGGCCAAGAGAAGGGCAGCAGAGGGUGGCAGCUCCAAUGUCUUCUCCAUGUUUGACCAAACACAAAUCCAGGAGUUUAAGGAGGCCUUCACCGUCAUUGACCAAAACCGAGAUGGCAUCAUUGACAAAGAAGACCUAAGGGACACCUUUGCAGCCAUGGGCCGACUGAAUGUGAAGAAUGAGGAACUGGAAGCCAUGAUGAAGGAGGCCAGUGGACCCAUCAACUUCACUGUCUUCUUGACCAUGUUUGGAGAGAAAUUAAAGGGUGCUGAUCCAGAGGAUGUGAUCACUGGAGCCUUCAAAGUCCUGGACCCCGAGGGGAAGGGAUCCAUUAAGAAGCAGUUUCUAGAGGAGCUGCUUACAACCCAGUGUGACCGAUUCUCUCAGGAGGAGAUCAAGAACAUGUGGGCAGCCUUCCCCCCAGAUGUGGGCGGCAAUGUAGACUACAAGAAUAUCUGCUAUGUCAUCACCCAUGGAGACGCCAAGGACCAGGAGUAGGGGCCUCCAGAGCCUCGACCUCCCUUCAUUUGGUCCCCAGAAUGGGGAGCGUUGAGCUCCUCUGGAUCUGAAUCCCUUUAUUCCCCAAAUAAAGAU